GCGUUUUGGGAGGUAGCCUGGAGGUCUUAUGGGCUGGUUGGAAUCCACAUGAAUAACCUUUAAGUUAGUAAUGAGGUUAUUAACGACAGAAGUAAGCGAUGUUAGAUUAAAUGAGUGUUGAAUGUUGAUAUUCAGCCGCUUGCAAAGCGAUUAAAUUAAGGAAAGGUUGUAUAACGUGAAAGUUAUACAUGUUUCUAUCCCACUAGCUAUCAGGCUAGCCUCCCAUGCAUGUUAGUGUAUUUUAUAAUAUAAGUGUAUAGCCAUGUCCGCUUCUAAAGCGCUGUAUUUGAGUGUGUUAAAGCACAGAGUUGCUCUAAAGCUAUGGAGGAGAAAUGUCACCACCUGGUCACCUGUUGGAGCUGCUUUCAACGCCAAAGCUGCCAGGAGACUGGACCUGUUUCAACAAAAUGUGGGUCUGUUUGGUGUUCCUGAGCUGAGCUGCACAGAGGGAUUUGAGGUGAUCCAGGAGAAAGCUCUGCAUGAGACCGAGCGCCUGGUGGAGAAAGCCUGCAGCACACCGCCAGGCCGUGUGACCGUGGAGACGUUCGAUAAACUCUCAGACAGUUUGUGCAGAGUCGCUGAUCUGGCAGACUUUAUCAAAGUGGCCCAUCCUGAUCCACAGUACCGAGAUGCAGCAGAGAAAACCUGCAUAAAGAUCGGUACCACAGUGGAGAAGCUUAACACAAAUGUUGAGUUGUGUAAGAGUUUAAAGAACCUGCUGGACAAUGAAGAGGUGAUGGCUAAACUGGAUCCAGAAACAAGGAGAGUAGCUGAGCUGUUCAUGUUUGACUUUGAUAUAAGUGGAAUUCACCUGGAUGAAAAACAGAGGAAAGAAGCAGUCAAGUUAAAUGUUCAGCUGUUGGAUCUCAAUAAUCAGUUUCUUAUGGGCUGCCACAUGCCAAACCGAAUAGACAUGAGAGCUCUCCCUAAACACAUCAUCCAGCAGUUUACCAAUGAAGGGAAAUACGUCCAGAUUGGGGGACUGCACGCUGAUGCACCUGAUGAUCUGGUUCGGGAAGUUGCCUACAGGAUUUUCUUGUACCCAAAUGAAGAAAUGAUGCACACCCUUGAGGAACUGCUGUCUUGUAGAUAUAAAUUGGCUAAGCUGGUCGGCUAUGAAUCCUAUGCACACAGGGCUUUAAAAGGGGCCAUGGCUAAAAGCCCAGAUACUGUGAUGAACUUCCUGCAGCUUUUGACAGACAAACUCAAAGACAGGACUGACAAAGACUUUCAAAUGAUGAGAGACAUGAAGUCCAGAUUCAACCCCAGAAAUCCAGACCUUAUGCCAUGGGAUCACCCCUAUCUUAGUGGUGUUGUACGGGCUGAGAGGUUUAACAUUGAGCCAAGCCUAUACAGCCCUUACUUCUCACUCGGAGCCUGUAUGGAAGGUCUGAACAGUCUUUUUACACAGCUCUUUGGUGUGUCGCUUUUGGCUGAACAGCCUAGUGCAGGAGAAGUGUGGAACGAGGAUGUACGCAAACUGGCAGUGGUACAUGAAUCUGAAGGAUUGCUGGGAUACAUUUACUGUGACUUCUUCUAUAGACCAGACAAACCUCAUCAGGACUGCCAUUUCACGAUCCGUGGAGGGCGGCGAAUGGACGAUGGGCAGUACCAGUUGCCAGUGGUGGUGCUGAUGCUGAACCUCCCUCAUCCUACCAAGAGCACACCUACUCUUCUCACACCAGCCAUGAUGGAGAACCUCUUCCAUGAAAUGGGUCACGCUAUGCACUCGAUGCUCGCCCGCACACACUACCAGCAUGUGACUGGAACGAGGUGUACCACUGAUUUCGCUGAGGUGCCCUCUAUACUAAUGGAGUACUUUGCCACUGAUUACCGUGUGAUCAACCAGUUUGCUCGCCACUAUCAGACAGGACAGCCUUUACCCGAGAGCAUGGUGUCACGACUUUGUGAAUCCAAGAAAGUCUGUGGUGCUGCCGACACACAACUACAGGUUUUCUAUGCAGCCUUGGACCAGGUUUAUCAUGGGAAACCCCAAAAACGGUCAACAACCGAUAUCCUGAUCGACUUACAACAGAAAUAUUAUGGCCUACCUUAUGUUCCCAACACAGCAUGGCAGCUGAGAUUCAGUCACCUCAUUGGCUAUGGGGCCAAGUACUACUCUUACCUGAUGUCUCGAGCCGUAGCCUCCAUGGUGUGGAGGCAGUGUUUCCAUAAGGACCCCUUGAACAGGGAAACUGGAGAGCGCUACCGACGAGAGAUGCUGGCUCAUGGGGGAGGGAAGGAGCCCAUGCUGAUGGUGGAAGGCAUGUUGCAGAAAAGACCGUCCACCGAGGAUUUUGUUGAUGCCCUCGUGUCUGACCUGGACCCAGAUUUUGAGACAUUCUUCAUGGACUCAGAGGGAUAAAUCACUACCUCUCAAAGCCUCCUCUUAGUAAAGGGAAGGUCCUAUUCCUCACCUCAGGCUGUCUAGGGAAGGAGUGAAACGCUAGGGUCAUAGCUUUACUCUGUAAUACAGCGAGGCUACAGUCCAUUCUGAAGUGAUUGAGGUUACACCUUCCACACUGAGAUCUCUGAAUCUGGUUCUUCUCUGUAGGUGUUGAUUUUAUAAAGGCCACUAAGGCCACAAUUUAAUUUUGCAAGUUCAAUCCAAAGAGUUUUACACUGACAAGCAGACAUUUCAUUUACCUUUUCACAUUUAGCAAUACAGAUCUUAGUGUUGGCUGAGGCAGCAAUAAAAACACAAAGCAUAGCGCUAACAUGCUACUGUCUAACAAAUGGCUUUUUUUUAGAGCUUUUUAGUACCAGUGCAAGAAUAUCUGAAACAGAGCUUUCAUGAGUUUUUUUCCAACGUAUACUAUAUGGAUAAAACUGUGUGACCCCUGACCAUCACACUCAUCUGUGCUUUGUGAACAUAACACUGCAGAUAUAGUUCCCUGCUCCACACUUUCCAUUUCCAUUUUGAAGCAUGGUUGUAGGGAUUUGUGUUCAUUCAGCCACAAGAGCAUUAUUGAGGGUGCAGUCAGGGUUACAGUUGAUACCAGUGGGGUUGAGGUCACUGCUUUGGGCUGGACACUAAAGUUUCUUCCACGUCAAUCUUGGUACACCAUGUCUUUGUGGAGCUCGCUUUGAGCACAAGGCCAUUAUCAUGCUGGAACACGUUUGGGCACCUCAGUUCCAGUGAAUUAAUUCUACAGCAGACAUAGGCAUUCUAUACAAUUUUGUGCGUCCACCUUUGAUCUGUCAGUUUGGUUAAGACCCACAUAUGGGUCUGAUGGUCUGGUAUCCAAAAAAUGUUUUGCUGUAUAAUUUUCUGCACUGAAAUAUUAGCAACUGUCUCAAGCACAAAUAAAGAAAUAGCAUUUUAAAAUCUAGUUAGCUCCAAAAAAGAAAAGUGAGAUAUUUUCAAGUGUAAAUUUAAAGACUUAAUUCCAAUUGUGCCACAGGAGUCAUUUUACCACAGUGUUUAUUAAGCAGUGUUAAAAAGAAUAAACAAACUGUAGUUUUGGUAUAAAAAAAAAAAAAUAGAA